AUGCUCCCGCUGCGCUCCGUUUCUGCUGUUGCAACUCGAUCGGCGCUCUCAAGAGUUCGCUUAGCUGCUCCUGCUGCCGUCUCGCCACUCGCUUCUCAUGCUAGAUACCUGGCUUCACCUGCUGAUAAAGAUACCCAAGCCCAUGCUGCUUCCAUCAUUGCCGAUGCUCUUCAUGAAAAGCCUGAAACAUCUUCAUCAUCUACUAAUGGAGGAGGCCGUCGUCAACGUACUAGACCUUCAUCGAAAAAACUUUCAUCUCAAGAACAAGCUCUGGCUGAUUCCCAAAAAGUUCUUAAUGAAUUAAGCACUUUGGAAAUUGUUCCUCUCGAUAAAAAAUCUGGUCAAACAGAUCUCGAACUUCGUGAUGAUGAUCUUAAACGUCGUCUUAAACUUGCCAAAGCUGCUGUCCAAAUGAAACGUAUCAAACCUUACUCACCUUCCCUUAGAUGGUAUCGUACCCCAAUCUAUCCUUACCUCCACCGUGGUAAGCCUAUCCGUGAACUUACAGUCGCCAAACGUCGCAAAUCUGGCCGUAACAAUACAGGCCGUAUCACUGUCCGUCAUCGUGGUGGUGGUCAUAAGCGUCGUAUCCGUCUUGUUGACUUUUUCCGUAAAGAAUCUGGUGUUCAUACUGUUGUCCGCAUCGAAUAUGAUCCAGGUAGAACCGCCCACAUUGCUCUCAUUGAAAAUAAGGAAUCCCAUGGUCUUUCUUAUAUUCUUGCAACUGAAGGUCUCCGUGCAGGUGAUGAAAUCCAAUCUUUCCGUAAUGGAAUUCCUCAAGAUAUUAUUGACUCCAUGGGUGGUAACCCUGCUCCAGCCAUGCUUUCCGCACGUACCGCUCAACGUGGUAACUGUCUUCCAAUCUCUAUGAUCCCCCUUGGAACUGUCAUCCAUAACAUUGGUAUCACUGAAGCUGGCCCAGCAAAGUUUUGUCGUGCUGCUGGUACCUAUGGAAGACUCUUUGAAAAACUCCCAGAUCAACAAAAGGCUGUUGUCCGCCUUCAAUCUGGCGAGUACCGUUAUGUCCAUAUUGACGCUUGUGCAACUAUCGGUAUAGUCUCCAACCCUUCCCAUCAACAUGCCUCUCUCGGUAAAGCUGGUCGCUCUCGCCACCUCGGUAUCCGUCCCACUGUUCGUGGUGUAGCCAUGAAUAAAACUGAUCACCCUCACGGUGGUGGUCGUGGUAAGUCUAAAUCUAAGAAGAUCUCCAUGUCCAAGUGGGGUGUCAAGUCCAAGUCUGGUUUCAAGACCCGUAUUGGCAAGAAUGUAAAUAAACUGGUUGUUAAGCAACGUCCUCGCACAAAGGAACAACGUGCAGGAAGAGCUUAA